CUCAACACCAACACCACCAACACCGCCGAUAUGGGUCACUCGCACGGUUUGAGAGCCGGUACUCGGUAUGCCUUCAGCCGUAACUUCAAGGAGAAGGGUGCCAUCCGCCUGUCGACCUACCUGAAGACCUACCGGGUCGGCGACAUCGUGGACAUCAAGGUCAACGGUGCCGUUCAGAAGGGUAUGCCCUUCAAGGUCUACAACGGAAAGACCGGUGUUGUCUACAACGUCACCAAGUCUUCCGUCGGUGUCCUCCUCUACAAGGUCGUCCGCAACCGCUACCUCGAGAAGCGCGUCAACAUCCGCAUCGAGCACGUCCAGCACUCCCGCUCCCGUGAGGACUUCAUCAAGCGUGUCAAGGAGAACGCCCAGAAGAAGCGCCAGGCCAAGGAGCAGGGUAUCCACCUCCACCUGAAGAGACAGCCCGUCCUGCCCCGUGAGGCUCACACCAUCGAGGGUGUCUCCGCCGAGACCAUCACUCCCAUCCCUUACGACACCCACAUCUAAGCGAACGAAAGAACGGUCCUUGCGGUUGUUUGGUGUUUUAUGGGGUUUUCCAACAGGGGGUUGCCUUUGGAUUCAGACAGGGUUUCCGGAUGUUCUAGGGCAUCUCAAUCCUGUGUAUAGAUUCCCCUGAAUGAAAGAAAAACAAAAUUUCCAUUUCCUGUUCGAAAAAAAAUGAUACCAUCGGGUCUUUUCCGCUUUGCCGAAUGUCUGGUUUUUCGCCCAAUGAAUCCCUGGUCACUCUGGUGAUUGCCUGGAUCUUGCGAAGCAUGAUCUCUAUAAUCUGGACGUCUUUGUCCGUCCCAUGGAUAUAUAUGUGUAGUCUGGAAUGUGCCAUUGAAC